AUGGAAAAUCAGAGAGACCCUCCCUGUCUGCACAACCUUGCCUACCACCCGCGAUGGCGGCACCGCUCUGUCAAAGUAUUACGAAAAAGGCAUAUAUGGACAGUUGUUGCAGAGAGUUUUAGCAGGUUUAGUAAGUUUGGAUUAUUAUCAUCAUCAAAAUUACCAUUGCCAUCAAACACUGUGCAGCACACCAGAACAUGGAGGGGGAACUGGUUUCUUCUGUUAUUACUCACAAUCUUAUUAUACCCCUGUCAAGUCUGGGCAACUACAUUCAAAGUGACCCUGGUUGGACCCUGGACUUGUGACCUCUUAUACUCUAAGGCGCUACCUGACUUGGCGGCCCGCCUUGCCACCAGCCGCAUAAACAAGAACCCCUACCUCAACAAAGGCUACUGGUAUGACUACACUCUGAUUAAUGAGGACUGCAAGGCAACCCGAAGUCUUGUUCGCUUUGCUGAUCUGGAAAGUUACGGGGCUGCUUUCCUGGGCCCUGCAAACUCCGGUUACUGCUCUUCAACUGCUUUGUAUGCCAAAGAGUGGGAUGUUGGAAUUUUAUCCUGGGGUUGUCUCAACCCUGAUAUAAAAACAGGAAACAUGUAUCGUACCUUCCUGAGGCCACUUCCAUUGUCCUCCCAAGUACUUUUCACUGUGUUGAGGUACUUCCAUUGGGCCCAUGUGGCCAUCAUCUCAGAGGAGACAGAUGUGUGGGAGUCCACCGGGCAUGAGUUGGCCUCUUCACUAAGGACUCUUGGCCUGCCUGUCAACCCUGUAGUCACAAUGGAGGCUGACAAGGAAGGGCCUCGGAGAGCUCUGACUAAAAUACGAGAAGCAGACAGAGUCAGAGUGAUCAUCAUGUGCAUGCCUUCUGUGCUGAUUGGUGGCCAAGCCCAGUAUAAGCUCCUGACAACAGCCUUAACAAUGCGUAUGAUAGACCGCGGUUAUGUGUUUAUUCCUUACGACACUCUUCUGUAUUCACUACCUUACAAAGACACGUACUACUAUCAGCUUGGGAAUGACACCAGGCUCCGUAAAGCCUAUGACGGGGUUCUCACCAUCACAAUGGAAUCUGGAGAGCGUAAUUUCUACGAGGCCUUCAGAGAUGCUCAGGACAACUUUGAGAUACGAAGCAGCACGCCGCCAGAGCAGGUUUCUCCUUUCUUUGGCACCAUUUACAACAUGAUGUACUUCAUAGCCAUGGCUGCAGAGCAGGUCCGUUUAGACAGAGGCCGCUGGGUCACAGGUCAAAUGCUGAGCCAAAGUGAAGGUGGCUUUGAGUUUGAAGGGUUCAAUCAGCACCUGCAGGCUGGAAAGAAUGGUGAAGGGAUGCAGGCUAGUUAUGUGGUCCUGGACUACAGUGGCAUGGGCAACACACUCUACUCCACACACUUUCUUCAUGCUACUCACACAGAUGGAGAGACCGGCGGCUUGAAAUAUCUGGGUCGUUCAAUCCACUUUGCAGGGAGCACUCCCUCCAAAGACUCAAGCUGCUGGUUUAGUCCAUACUUUGCCUGUUCUGGAGGCAUGGAUCCAGUCACACUCUUCUUUCUGUUUGUCCUGUUAGUUCUGUUUGCUGGAUUUGUAAUAAACAUAUUUCUCCAUCUGAAAAAAGGCAGAGUUGGGUUUAGCUUUGGAGGCGAUGGAAGCAGCGGUGCUUCAAAGGUUGUCUUGACUCUGGAUGAUCUGGUCUUCAUCAAUACUCAAGUCAGCAAACGGAAGCUAAACGAUGAAAGUAUAAUGAAAAGCCAAGGGGACAUGAAGACACCUCACCACUCAGUGUCUGGUCGCAGCUACUUAGCCUCUUCCCCAGACAGCUCCAAUGUCGCCGUGUUUGAGGGUGAUUGGGUUUGGUUGAAGAAGUGUCCCACGGGAACGGUGUCAAGUGUCAGUAACAGCACUGAAGUGGUUUUUGUGAAGCUCAGAGAGAUGAGGCAUGAAAACCUAAAUCUGUUCCUGGGACUGUUCUUUGACUCCGGGAUCUUUGGCGUUGUGACUGAGCACUGUACCAGGGGCAGCUUGGAAGAUCUGUUGGCCAAUGAAGAAGUGCGUCUGGACUGGAUGUUCAAGUCUUCCUUGUUAAUGGAUCUGAUCCGGGGAAUGAAAUACCUUCAUCAUCGGGACAUCAUCCACGGACGGCUCAAAUCCCGUAACUGUGUGGUGGACGGGCGCUUUGUGCUGAAGGUGACAGAAUACGGCUUCAAUGAAAUUCUGAUCGCACAAGACAUCGACUUAGAUGAGGAAAAGCCUGAAGACCUGCUUUGGACGGCCCCGGAGCUGCUGCGAAACUCAAAUGAGAGGAGGAGAGGCACUUUCUGUGGAGAUGUCUACAGUUUUUCCAUUGUUGUGCAGGAGGUCAUUUCUCGCUCUACACCUUUCUGCAUGCUGGACAUGCCCCCAAAGGAGAUCAUCAACAAGGUGAAAAACCCUCCUCCUCUGUGUCGACCCAUUAUCUCAGUGGAAGAGGCUCCUUUAGACGUAAUACAGUUAAUGAAACAGGCCUGGAGCGAAGAGCCGGAGAAGAGACCAAACUUUGAGGACAUUUUCAAGCAGUUCAAGUGCAUCACAAAGGGAAAAAAGACCAACCUGAUAGAUUCGAUGCUGCGGAUGUUGGAACAGUACUCCUCCAACUUAGAGGAUCUGAUCAGAGAGAGGACAGAGGAGCUGGAGGUGGAGAGACAGAAAACAGACCAGCUGGUGGCUCAGAUGUUGCCCAAGUCUGUUGCCCAGGCGCUGAAGUUGGGGAAACCUGUGGAGCCGGAGCACUUUAGUGAAGUCACGCUUUACUUCAGUGACAUCGUGGGUUUCACCACCAUCUCAGCUCUCAGCGAGCCCAUCGAGGUGGUCGACCUUCUCAAUGACCUCUACUCGCUGUUCGAUGCUAUUAUUCCCCUGCACGAUGUCUACAAGGUGGAAACCAUUGGAGAUGCCUACAUGGUGGCUUCAGGAGUUCCCACCAGAAAUGGGAACCGCCACGCAGCUGAAAUGGCCAACAUGUCCCUGGAUAUUCUCCAUUGCAUUGGAACCUUCAAGGCGAGACACAUGCCUGACAUAAAAAUCAGGAUACGUAUUGGCCUGCACUCUGGCCCAGUCGUGGCAGGUGUAGUUGGCCUAACAAUGCCUAGAUACUGUCUGUUUGGAGACACAGUCAACACAACAUCUCGAAUGGAGUCCACAUCGUUGCCUUACAGAAUCCACGUCAAUCAAACCACCGUUAACCUCCUGAACGACUUGAAAAUGGGAUAUCAGAUUCAAAUCAGAGGCCUGACAGAGUUAAAGGGAAAAGGAGUUGAGACCACAUACUGGUUGGUGGGGAAAGACGAUUUCCACAAGGCUCUUCCAGUCCCAAUAGAAGUUAAAGAUUUGGGGGUCAACCAUGGGAUCGGUUUGGAGGAGAUUCCCGUCGACAGAAGGCAGAAAUUCCUAGAUCGACAGAAGAAAACAAACUAACUGGAGGUUUUCGUAUACUUUAAAGAAAACACAAACCAGAUCAGUGACUGUGUGUCUCACUUUUUUGAUGUGGCUUCACCAGAAUUGUAUCUCCAAAGCAAAUUUUCCUUUUUACGUUUUCUCUAUUUGUAGUUUUAACAGGGCAAUGCCACAAUAAAUCCUGCAUUUUUACAGUUUCCUUCCCACCAAAACACAUAAAUACAGCAACAUUUUAGGGGCGGAGUCACGUUACAGGUCAGACGUGUGUGUUUGUGUAUGUACCAGACGUUGUGCACUGUGGAGGUAAAACAUGGUUUGUUAAUUUAGAAACGGAUUCAUAUCUGGUCUAAAAGGACAUGAUUGAUUUGUUUUUCUGUUACUAUUCGACCACUGGGGAUUAAAAUUAAAACAAAUGAUUCCCAAAGAACUUUUUCAGGAGUGGAAUUUAUCACCAUCAUUUUUUGAACCUAUAAACAUAACUUUAAAUACCUUUUUUUUUUAAAUCCAGCCCUGAUUGGUUGCAUUUUCUGGUUUCCCUUUCAGUCAACAUUCGACACUCUGCAUGCACGCCUGAAAUGUUCAGCACAGACUUCUAACUUAUAUCUAUUCUGCAAUGAUGCACAGAGAGUUUAAUGAUGAAUAAGUCUGUAAUGUUAUGCUUCAGCAGGCUGAACUGUUUCUUUGUGUCUGUUUUCCAACCAAACAGUCACGUUUCGCCAUUUUUUUGUAUAUACUGUAAAUGUGUGCUUUGCUUCCUGCACUGUUGGGAGCAUUUUUCAGUUUCUUUUGAGCUUCAGACAGAAACUGAGACAAAUGAAACACAGGAGCUCAAUCUCAUUGUGUUCAAACAGCAAGAAGCUGCAUCGCUGGACUAAUUCUGGAGUACUGAAAGGCGGACGAUGUCAGGAUGGGAAUUCGCUCUAAAAUCAAACUGCACACCUCUUGGCUUCUUCUCCCCCCUUUUUUACUUGGCAGCUUGCUGCUGAUCACUUUCGACCUCUACUGAAUUGCUGAAGUAGCUGACUGUAUGGCAUAAAAAACAAAAACUGAUGACGUAAUUAUCAGGUUGCUUGUGGUGUAUUCUUUCACAUCAUUAACUGUUUAGUGGUAUUGGCUGUUCAAGCAUAAAGAAACCCAUGAAAACGAGGACUCGUGCGGUCCUGAAACAAAAGAGAAGGGGUCUGCAUGUUUCUUUAAUUGAUGGGUAUCGCAAAAUCUACAAAAUGACUAUUCCUGUUUUUUAGCUGAUGACUGUCUUUGCAACUUUUUUUAGAUUUAUAAUCAAUUUGCCAAACAGAUAGAUCACAUCAAAACUGAAUGGGGCUCAUUGUUCAUUUUGAAAGUGAUCUCAGUGUGUUUCUGUAAAUAAAUAAUGGUUUUAGUGAAGACUGUGUG